AUGGAUCUAGAUCUGAUCGUGUUAAAAGAAGGGGACUUUAUAUACCCGGGUAUUGCCAACUUAAAUCGUAUAAAUCGAUCCUCUAAAGCUACAAAACAGAGUGUUCACUUGUCAACCAACUGUUCUAACAAAGGAGCAUAUCUAGUCGAAAUAGACUCCAAAGAGGAAGAUGACUGGAUUGUUGAACAAAUAUCGAUGCGCAAUGCAGGUGAAGACGAAAAUCAGUUCCUUGGAGCAAAUUCUGAAGCAGAACUUGGUGUGUGGAGAUGGAGUUCGAAUAAUGCACUUAUAUCCUAUAGCAAUUUCUGGCCAGGUCAACCAAAUCUUUAUGCCGCCGAGAGAUGUGUAAUUCUUGACUGGAUUGCCAUUCAUGGGACUUACAAAUGGGCAGACACAAGAUGUUUAAUGGCAAGGAAGUUCAUAUGUGAAAAAGACAUGUGA